AUGCAUAUUCUAUCAAUGGAGCGCAUACAGAACUUUAAAAGUGAGAACCAACAUAUUGAUGUGCAACUUGUUGGCAUAGCUGAAGCUUCGAAGACAAGAAAAGAACAAGAACGAGAAGAAAAUCGACAGAUUGUCCAGACGAUUUUUGAUGUAGUCCGACAUUUGGCGAAACAAAAUACCGCGUUCCGUGGACACAACGAGACAAAUGAUUCAGCCAAUCGUGGAAACUUCCUGGAAGAACUUUUGUUUCUAUCUAAGUAUGACAAGCCAUUGAAACGUUGGAUGGAAACUCACCCAAAGAAUUUGUCAUAUUUUUCUCCCAGUAUUCAGAAUGAAAUGAUUGGCAUCCUCAGCAAUAUGAUCAUUGAAAUAAUAAGAUCUGAAGUGAUUUCUGCCAAAUAUUUCUCAAUUGAAUGUGACGAAGUAACAUCCCACAAACGGGCAUUUAUGUCUGUUAUUGUUCGGUAUGUCUACGAUUAUUGUAUUUGGGAAAGGUGUAUCAAGCUACAUCGUGUGACUAAUUUAACAGGAAAAAGCCUUGCAGCUGUUAUCAUUGCUAUUCUUGCGAACAUGAACUUUCCUAUCCGCAAUUUAGUUGGUAAAGGCUUUGAUGGGGCAAGUAACAUGUCAGGCAAGGACGAAGGUGUUCAACAACAUCUCACCGCAGCUGGUGCUGAUAAAUCGAUAUAUUUCCAUUGUUUUGCACACAAACUAAACCUUGUCUUAGAGAAGAGUGUUAACAACGUACCUUCUGUAAAUGACGUAUUUGAUAUUAUUGGUUCCGUCUAUCACUAUCUCGAAGGGUCUCCGAAGAGGCAUGCAUUGUAUGAGGAGAAGCUACAACUUCAUGGCAUAUCGAAGGGAAAGAUAGCAUUACACACGCUUUCAGACACAAGAUGGACUGCUCGAUCCGACAAUUUGGAGGUUGUUUUCAACACCUUGCCUGCUAUCAUAUCGAUGCUUAAAGCAAUGUCUAAAGAGGGCGAAUCAGCUGCAGAUGGAUUGCUCGUACGUAUGCGAAAGCUCAAGUUCAUUGCUUCGUGUAUCGUAUUGAAGAAGUGUUUUGCUCUAAGUAGAUCGGUCUCAGAAUAUCUUCAGCACGAAAACAUGGACUUGGUUUCAGCGGUGUCAGGUGUGCAAUCUCUGAAAGAUUCUUUGUCCUCCUUUCGAAACGAGGAAAAGAUGGAUCAGUUUCUGCAGGAGGCACGGAAAUAUUGCACGGACCAAGGAUUGGUUGUGGACGACUUCGAUCAGGUGGAUCAGCAACAUCCAAACAGACCAAAGCGUUCGCGCACAAUUCCUUCCUACUUCAACGAUGGUACAUUCUAUUUAGACCAAGACGCCAGAGCAAUCCAAGAAGAAGUACCUGGUAAUGACCGCCCAAGAGAUCUCUUUAAGCGAGAUUUUUUCUUCCCAUUUUUGGACUGGAUGCACAACGAGCUGGAGAGGAGGUUCUCUUCUAAAGCAUGUGAAAUAUUGUCGCUGGCCAACGUUUUUCAUCCCACAUAUUCUAAAGAAGAAAAUUCGCACCAAGCCCAAAAGCUGGCCAAAUUCUACGGAAUCGAUCCCGAUGUUGUCGUAAAUCAGUUCAUUCUGUUUUCUAAGUCUCAUGUGGUUAAAGUCUGGAAAGUGAAGUACGAAGAUUUUCUUAAGAUGAAAGAGAAAGCUAACAACGAUCCCUUGACGAAAGCACCCGAGACUUGGCUUUGUCUGCCAACUCUUUUAAAGGUUUUUGGAGAAAAUUCAAUCAGCAACCUGUAUCCUGAUCUGUUUGAGGUGGUAAAAAUUGUCGCUACACUUCCUGCAACAGUUGCUUCCUGUGAACGAGCACAUAGCAAAGUGAAGAUAAUAGACAACUACCUUCGAGCGUCGAUGUCCGAUGAACGUCUAGAAAAUUUGGUUCAUAUCAGCAUAGAAAGAGACAUUGCAGAUAAGAUUGAAUUGGAUACUCUUGUUGACACAUUUAGGUUAGCUAGCAACAGAAAGUUGCCCUUGUAAAAACUGUUAGUUUGUAACAAAAAUCGCCGAUGUUUGGCUUUCAGAUUAUCAUAAAACUUGCCUGAAAAUGCGGGAAAUAGCGUUUUAGAGACUCUACGGCUGAAAUGCCACCCAAAAAUGGCGGCGUGAGAAAGGCUAAUUCAGCAUCCUUGUAUAUACGAAUUUAUAAAAUUGAGAGCCAAAGUCGUGGAUAUGUAUAAGCAAAGUAUUGUUGUUUUCCAAGGUUGCUACGUUGUUUACAGAAAAUGAAUUCUCCAUUGCGGCUCCGCAUAAAUAUUAAAAAAUCUAAAUUAUUAAAAUCUACGGACCAUAUAGAACAAAAACACCUACUAACAUGAUCACGCCUUCAAUAAUGUAAAAAAAUGUAGCUUUAAAAACUUUUUUUUCAUGAAUCAUGUAAGUUAUGGAGACCUGCGUAAUAUUAGCACUUAAUCAAUAAAUAUAUAAACAUAGCCUACUCAUUUCAGGCUAUUAAUUAUAUAAUAGCCUAAUAUACAUAAAGAUAUUACUCGACUGUGAUUGGUUGAUUUCAGUGCAGUUAAUCCCAAACAGCAGUGAAAUUUUUGUAAUCACAGUGCAAUUUUCUGUGAUCACAGUGCAAUAUUUUGUAAUCACAGUGCAAUUUUCUGUUAUCACAGUGGAAAAACAUUGUGAUGAUUAAAUCAACCAAUCAGUUUAAAGCAAUUUAGUUUAAAGAAGUAACGGUCACAGAUUGCUUAAAAAGCAAACAAACAUGGCGCCGCGCUACAUAAUGUAAAAGUUGCCUUCGCGUGGAAAAUAUGGCUUUUAUCUUUAUUUUUAAAUGGAAAAGCAUUUACCUUAAACAAGUCUAACAAAAAUUACAUAGUUGAGUGGAAUUUUCAAGCUGUAACUAGUAGCGUUGUAUAAUGUGAUAUAACAAAGCCAGUAAAAACUUUGCCGGUGGAAUGUUCGCUAUAAACGCGUAAGUUAAAACUUCAAUUGUCUCGAACAUUUUUAUGUAAAUUAUUAAUAAGUAAUAGCAUGGUUUCUCGUGAAAUUUGGAUAAACAUGCACUCGUGAGUUUUUCAAAGACCUCAAAUAGCACUCGUCCUUCGGACUCGUGCUAAUUUGAGGUCUUUGAAAAACUCACUCGUGCAUGUUAUAUCCAAAUUGCACUCGAAACCAUGCUAUUACCUAUACUUAUCGACCACUCGUAUAUAUCAGUACAGCAGUAACCACAUAAAACUACCUUUCACGGUUUACAUAAUAUUGCAAUAAUCAACAUUAUAUUAAGAUGGUGACACAUAACAGCGACAUCCCGUGAUAAAUUUGUCGCCUUCGACAUACAUACUCGUUGUGCUGUAUAAAAAUACUUAAUUACAUAAUAAAUAGAGAAAACCUUUUCUUAUAACUGCGAAAAAUCGUAGUUUUCGGAUAAUAUAGUAUCUUGCAAUGUUAUCAAUGAACUAUAUAUCCCUUUUACAUUGAUUAAAUAUCAUGCAGAAAUUAUUCUGAUUUCGACUUCAGAAUAUACUGUACUAUAAGCUAUGAGUUAGCUAAUUCUCACCUGAAAUUUUUCUAUUUAGGCUUGAACAAAUGCUGAAGGUGAUCACUUGGUUAGUCUUUGGAGCUUUGUACUUCAAUGCUGUAAUGAGAAACCUUUGCAGACAAACCCCUAUUUAA